AUGGUUCAAACACCAGCAGUCGGCGCCUCUGCUAGCGGUGCAGGCAGCCUGAAUGGCAGCUCCCGAGCAUCUCCAGCGGUUGCAUCCUCCGCAAGCCAUACGACCACAACCAAUGGCACCAAAUCAAAAGCCAACCUCAAUGGCAACGGAUACCACCCACCAAAUCCCCAAUUGCCGCUGAGCUCCAUGCGCAGCGCACCCUUAGAUCUGCGCUCUGUUGAACGACGAGGUCAACCGACUGCGAGCAGAGAGACUACAAAGCGAAGCAGGCCAUUCGGACUGCAAGAAGCACCCUCGUAUCGUCCGACAGAGGCAGAAUGGAAGGACCCUUUCGAGUACAUACGCAAAAUUAGUGGUGAAGCGAACAAGUUUGGAUUGUGCAAGAUCAUACCCCCGGACUCAUGGAAUCCCGACUUUGCGAUCGACACCGAGAAAUUCCACUUUCGAACUCGCAAGCAGGAAUUGAACUCUGUCGAAGGAAGCACACGUGCCAAUCUCACAUACCUUGACGCUCUUGCGAAAUUUCACAAGCAACAAGGAACGAACCUCAAUAGAUUGCCCUAUGUUGACAAAAAGCCACUCGACCUCUAUCGUCUCAAGAAAUGUGUUGAAGCCCGAGGUGGAUUCGAGAAGGUCUGCAAAGCAAAGAAAUGGGCAGAGAUUGGCAGAGACCUGGGAUACAGCGGCAAGAUCAUGUCGUCCUUGUCGACUUCGCUUAAGAAUUCCUACGACAGAUGGCUCACCCCGUACGAGAAUUAUCUUCGGCAAGCAAAGCCUGGCGUCUAUCAGCAACUAGAGUUCGAAUAUGGUGGCCCGUUGACCCCUAGUCCGGCUCCGAGCCCCAUGAAGCGCUCUACAGUGAAUACGCCCUCGAGCCUCCGUGGAGAUUCACCAGCGCGAAAUGCAACCGAAUCACUACAAGCUAGUUUUUCUUUGAAUCCAAUCAAACAGGAACAUGAGCGGGAAAUGGUCAUGAACGAUGCACCGACACCAACAUCCGCACCGGCACCAACGUCCGGUUUUACUCCCAUCAAUUCAGGUGGAUCAGGUGGUUUCACAGCCGUCAACGCCGGAUUUACAAGCAUUAAUCGACCGCAUUCUACCGAUACAAAAAGCUUCACCCCUCCGAAGCAAUACGGAAGUCCCAUGUCUUCGGCCAAGAAUACUCCCGAUUUCCGGCCCUCUGCACUUGGACUAUCAAAUCCUCUUAAGCGCCAGCUCAGUACUGACAGUCUCGACAUUUCCAAAAAGGAGAAUGGUGCCGACAGGGAUGAAUCAGACAAUGGCAGUCGCAGAAGUAAGCGACUUAAGCAAGAUACUGUCCCCACAGUUGCUGGUUCACACAUGUCUUUGUUCCGUCCUCUUGGCCCACGAUUACCGCGUGACGAAAACCUGCCACCCGGAGAGCGAUGUGAGAACUGUGGCAAAGGAGAAGAGACCGGUUGGGUUGCCGUCUGUGAAGGCUGCGAUCUUGCCUACCACGGCCCCUGUAUUGAUCCUCCGCUGAAGUCCAACCCAGGACCCGAAUGGAAUUGCCCGCGAUGCCUCGUUGGCGAUGGCCAAUUCGGUUUCGAAGAGGGUGGUCUCUAUUCCCUCAAAUCCUUUCAAGAAAAGGCUGCGGAUUUCAAGCAAGGAUAUUUUGAGAACCGAAUGCCUUUCGAUCCAGUUCUCAACUGCUCUCGCCCGGUUACGGAAGAUGACGUCGAACGCGAAUUCUGGCGCCUCGUCACUAGUAUCGAGGAAACAGUGGAAGUCGAGUACGGCGCGGAUAUCCAUUGCACUACGCAUGGUUCUGGUUUUCCAACGUCUGAACGCAAUCCCACCAACCCAUACUCCACCGACUUUUGGAAUCUCAACGUCUUGCCCCUGCACCCGGAGAGUCUGUUCAGGCAUAUCAAAUCUGACAUCUCCGGCAUGACGGUCCCGUGGGUGUAUGUUGGCAUGAUUUUCUCCACCUUUUGCUGGCACAAUGAAGAUCACUUUGCUUAUUCAGCAAACUACCAACAUUUUGGGGCCACCAAGACUUGGUAUGGUAUCCCUGCGGAAGAUACGCAAAAGUUUGAAGCUGCCAUGAAGGCCGCUGUGCCGGAGCUGUUUGAAACACAGCCCGAUCUGCUAUUCCAACUUGUUACUCUUCUUACACCAGAGCAACUGAAGAAGGCCGGCGUACGUGUCUAUGCUUUGGACCAAAGAGCAGGCCAACUCGUGGUGACAUUUCCACAAGCAUAUCAUGCUGGGUUCAAUCACGGCUUUAAUUUCAAUGAAGCCGUCAACUUUGCGCCUCAUGACUGGGAACCAUAUGGCCUUGCAGGUGUGGAACGACUCAAGGAGUUUCGAAAGCAGUCAUGCUUUUCUCACGACGAACUUCUCUGGACCGCAGCCGACGGGGUUUCCAGUGGUCUCACCAUCCAGACCGCCAGGUGGCUCGCUCCAGCUCUAGAGCGCAUACAUAAGCGAGAAAUACUGCAACGGGAACAGUUCCACGCUAAGCAUGUCGAAGGCAACAAGCACGCAUGCGUCAUUACUGCGAAGGAGCACGAGCCCUGCACCCUGAAGUUCCAGAUCAUGGACGAAGACGUGCCGGAAGAAGAGUACCAGUGUUCAUAUUGCAAGUGCUAUGCUUACCUCACGAGAUUCAAGUGUACCCGCUCGAACAAGUACCUCUGUAUCCAGCACGCAGGUUCUCAUGCCUGCUGCGAUCUACCCGAGUCCGACCGCUUCGCCGGAAAAGAACAUAUUCUGUUCUAUCGCAAGACGACGGAAGACAUGAACGAGACGCAUCGAAAGGUUGCCGAAAAGGCUACUCUUCCUGAGGCUUGGGAGGACAAGUAUGAUAAGCUUCUUGACGAAGGUGGCACACCUACGCUCAAGACUCUUCGAAACCUUCUUAGUGAGGGUGAACGCAUUCCGUACGACCUCCCCUCUCUACCAGCGCUCAAAGAAUUUGUUGAUCGUUGUAAUGAAUGGGUCGAAGAGGCGACUAAUUAUACGGUCCGCAAGCAGCAAAACCGCCGCAAGAACGACAAGGUCUGGCAAAGCGGGAUGCGCAAAUCCAUCGGCAACUCCUACCAGGAGCAGAAGGAGCGCGAGAUGCGAAAAGUCGAUAACAUCCAUCGGCUGAUUGAGGACGCUGAACGGAUAGGUUUCGAUUGUCCCGAGAUUACACAAUUGAAGGAGCGCGCUGAAGCCAUCAAGGACUUUCAGAAUAAUGCCGAAUCGGCCUUGGAACACAUCAUUAUCCAAUCGGAGGAACAGAUUGAGGAGUUGCUGGAGCAGGGUCGCAGCUUCAAUGUGGACAUGCCUGAAAUCGACAAGUUGCAGCUUAUCCUCGAACAGAAACGCUGGAAUACGAAAGCCAAGUCGAAUCGCACCGUCUUCAUGACUCUGGAUGAUGUCACACAGCUGAUCGAGGAAGGUGUUCGCCUGGACAUUCCGCCAUACAAUGAUCAUAUGAAGUUCUUCAACGAGAAGCUUGCUGCCGGUCGACAGUGGCAGGCCAAAGCCACCGAGCUGAUCAAUGCUGAGACGGUCCACUACCCCCAGCUAGAAGCUCUGUCGAACCAAGUCCAACAUGGCGCCCUGCCGGUGUCCCAGGAAACACUUCACGCAGUAGAUCAAAUUCUUCACAAGCAGCGGGAGGCACAUCGUCAAAUAUUGGAUCUCAUGGACCGAUCCAGGGACGAAGACUACACGAAGCGGCCCAAGUAUCUAGAUGUCCUCGACGUUAUGAAGAAACUGGAGGAUCUCAACUCUAAACCCACGGGAACGCUUGAUCUAGAGAGAGAACAACGUCGCCAUGAAGACUGGAUGCGGAAGGGAAAGAAACUUUUUGGGAAGACAAAUGCACCAUUGCACAUUCUCAAGAAUCACCUCGAAUACGUCCUGGAUCGCAACCUGGACUGCUUCGACAUAACUAGUGAUAAACCCCGACUACCCGCAGAGCCUGCAUCGAGAGCCCCAAGCGAGGAACGAGACGCCAACAAAGUACCCCGCUCCUGGGAUGACCCGGCUUUCAGAGAGGUUUUCUGCAUCUGUCGCCGGAUUGAGGCCGGCAUGAUGAUCGAAUGCGAGCUCUGCCACGAAUGGUAUCACGGCAAAUGUCUCAAGAUUGCGCGUGGCAAGGUUAAGGAAGAUGACAAGUAUACCUGCCCGAUCUGUGACUGGCGCGUCAAGAUUCCUCGCGAUGCCGCUCGGCCAAAGCUUGAGGAUCUGAUUUCCUGGCAAGACGAAAUUUCCGGUCUGCCUUUCCAGCCCGAAGAGGAGGAGAUUCUGCGCAAGAUCAUUGACAAUGCGCAAGACUUCCGCAAUCACAUAGCAGUCUACUGCAACCCAAUCAUGGCGACUGCAUCAGAAGCAGAGACGCAGCGGUUCUAUUUGCGAAAGAUUGAGGGAGCAGAAAUUCUACUCGCAUUCGAAACCAACUUUUUCCGACAGGAGCUGCACAAAUGGAGUCCAGUGGCACCAGAGCCACCGCCAGUAUUAGACGUGUCCAAGAGCACACGAAAGCCGCGUCCGACCAAGUUGCAGCGAAUGCUUGCUCAGCACGGGGUCGAGGACCCCGAGGACCUUCCAGAGAGUUUGCGUGCCAAAGCGGUCAGUUUGAAGCGAAAAGCACUAAACGCAGAAAGUGCGGGUGUAAACCCAGCAGGUGGUCCGUCGUCAAGUUCAGGACCCGGCCACAGUCCGUCGGCCCAAUCCUUUGGUUCUGCAAGUCACAUCUACUUUGGGCGCACGUCGCAGCCACCGACUCCGGCCCUACCUGGGAAUUCACAUGGCCAUCCAGCCCGCAGUGCCGAUUCGAAUUCCUCCAGUCGACCUGGCUCUGCAAUGCAUGGGGGCUCGAUGGAUCCUGAUGGCCACAAUAGCUCCACUAUGCAACCCGACUUCUUUCUCGGGGGCGAAGGUGGGGGUCCCGGUCCACGCUUGAUGGCCAGCGAUCGGGAACCGCUGUCGCUCGAAGAACGUCUUCUGAGUGGCCAAGAUGAUUCUUUAAAUCUGAACCUGCAAAGCGAGGCCGAGAAGAAUAAGGCUCUUGAGAUUCUCGGUCGGACCGAGGAAGGCCGCCGCCGUGCCGAGGAAAUUUUUGGGCCUGACGUCUGGGAUGCUGAGAGCCGCCUCCGAGGAUCGCGGAGCAUGACGGGUGAUGGGGAUCUACGCCAAGAAGAUGGGGACGACAAGGACGUCGACAAGAUGUUUCUGGAUCUCACCAACGCUGAUGAUGACGAUGGUGAGGGCAAAAGAGUUGCAGUUGCUACAAUGACGACGGAGAACUUUGAGGCCGAACGUGAUGCCAUGGAUAUGAUGGAUUCAGACUGA